ACUACAGGAACGGCCAUGAGGUCAUUUAAAGCAUUUUAAGAUGUAUACCAGAAAACAUUAUAGUCAUCUGUCCUUCAGACAGUGAUUUGAAAAGAAGAAAAAGAUAAGAAAAAGAUAGAAGAAAAAGAUACUGACAACAUUAAACAUGUUGGAAUGUAUUUAGUUCUUUCUUACGCUGUGUCCACAUCAGCAGAACAGCUUAACUUCAUUAAGGCUGAAUUUAUUAUUGUAGUAGAUGGCAUUAUGUUCUAUCAUUUCCCUAAUAAUUGAAAGUAUUUAGACAUUUCUGAUUCUGACUGCUUGUUUUUCUGUCACAGGUAUUUUGGGAUACCAUGUAAAGUGGUUUAUGACACUCUAGUUUCACAGAUUAACAAGUGGAGAACCAUGGAGGGGUGCACCAUGGGAGGUCAGAGAUGCCUUUAUAAGCUGGAAUCUGCUUCUAUCCACUUUAUAGCAGCCAAAAAAACCACUCCUUUUAAGAGGUUUGUGGAUGACGUCAACUUCCGGCUGGUCUCCUAUCACUUUUUCACUUGCUGUCACGUUUCGGCCAUGUCCAUCUCUGAGGCCUGGUAUGCCAUCAAAGAUCACGGAGCCAACUACUGCAACCUCUUCAAUCUCAUGGAAGGAAGCGGUCUAACUGAAGCUAGUGGUUAUAAAGAGGUGACCAGUGACUACCUGUGUACCCAGCGUUCCUUGGCAAAAUGUACAGCCUCCUAACCGACUAUUUAAGAUGAACAGAAAUACCAAAUUGUUUAUUCACCGGACAGUUUAGAUGUUUUGGUGUUUGUUUUUUGAGUUGUUUUUUUUUUUUAAGUGACCUACAUAUGUUAGGAAUGUGGGAGACGCUGGAGUAUCUGGAGGGAAUCCAUACAGACACAAGGACAAAUUCCACACAGAAUGGUCCUGGCUGGGGUUCGAACCAAAGAACUUCUUGCUAUGGGGAUUAGUGUUUUUCAGAGAAUAUGGCUAUUUCCAAGUGAUGUCCAGAUUUUUUCAACAAUAUGACCAUUUUUCAUUUUCACGAAAUAAAGCAAAAUUUCCACCACAACUAUUUAGUUUUUAUAUUCUUUAGGUAGUUGAAAGACUGAUAUUUAAACCUUAAUUACUCUGAAUAACACUGCAGUCUUUAAUUGAAACUAUCAAAAUAUCAGCAAUAUCAUUACUGACUGGCUUUUUUCCAAUACAGUAGUUCAUAUCAAGUAACAUGUCUGAAUGUUCAAUUUAUGUUUUUUGGUUCUUCUUUUUGAGUGGGCUGAUUUUAAUUUACUGUAUAUCUUGUAUUACUGUGCACUGAUAUUAUAUGUGUAUUGUGUAAAAUAAAUAGUGACUAUUAAUCUUGAUGAGUCCUGGUCAUGAUCCAGCUUCGGUGUGAAUACUAUAGUAAGCAUCUUAGCCAAGAGAUGAGAAGCAGCCUCUGACAGUCAACACUACACUGCCAAGAAAUACACUGUAAAAAAAAAAUGAGCAUAAUUUUACAGUAACAAACUUUAAAUUUUUACACUAUUUUUCAUUAUUUACAAAACAGUGUACAAAC